AGAAGAUCUUGAACCUUUCAAGAAGAAGCUGUCUUCAGACCGACAUUACCGCAUAGGAAAAAAUGGCGAGGUCAAUAACAUGCCGACGUUAAAGCGAAAGAAAGAAAAGCUAACCGUACCUGACAAGAACACUUCCAUGAAGCCGAUGGCGCUAACUAGACGGAAACGUGCUUUUAUGAAAGAAAAAUAUCGUGAUUAUGUGUCCUGGGAAAACGGAUCGGUUCCUUACAUCACGACAAACAUGUGGCCAGGUGACGAAUUCCUCCCCUGGAUAGAUGAAAGUAUUUCUCAUUUCCAUGAUGAGGCAUGCUUACAAUGGAAGGAAAGAGCAGAAGAAACAGAAUAUGUUGAUUUUUUGGGCGGCGAUCAGAAUGGUUUCUGUGCAGCAUAUAUCGGCCGAUUGCAUAACCAGUCUUCGCCAAUUUUUCUUGACCAAUUGACCAAUAACUGCAAGGCGCUUUACGUCGUUAUUCACGAGAUGAUGCACGCGAUUGGUUUCGAUCAUGAACAAGGACGCCCAGAUAGGUUUAACUGGCUGAUAAUGAAUUGGGAGUGCAUUAUGUCCUUUGCCAUCAAUAACUACGUAAAGGGACCAUUAUCUACAAGCGUUGAAUUGGAUUGGACAUCUAUUAUGCAGUACAAUCCAGGAAUAUUUAAUAACUGUAACAAUAAAGGAACUAUGCAGACGAGCUAUCCCGCGUUUGAUCGACUCUUGUACAUAAACCUGAACUAUUUAACCCACUAUGACAGCCGAGCUCUAGUCGAGGCGUAUAGAUGUAACGAAGGUUGUACAAAUACUUGUACAAACGGUGGAUUUAUCCGUAGGACAGUUAACAACAAUCAGUGCCAUUGUCGUUGUCCGGAAUACCUGACUGGCCCUACCUGCGCUGAUAUCAAUAGUAAUCUUCUUAUUGACUGGGAAAUUGUCGGAGAUAAUAUGGUUAUCUGUCCCUGUGGCGAGAUCAUUGAGCUCGCAGAGGGAGAGAAAAAACAAGUUUCAACAAGUGAUCCUCAUCCUGUCGGGGGAACAUGUGUAUAUCUAAUCAAGGCUCCUGUCAACAACAGAAUAACCAUCACUAGGAAAAGUAUAGAUGUCCCAUGCACCCAUUUUGUGGAAUACAGAGUGAAUCUCAUUGACCAGUUGGGACUGCUGGAAUGUGGUUCAUCGACAUCUGAGAGGACUUUUGUAACAUUACCAAACAGCGAAUCAAAUACAGCAAUGGUGAUUCUCCAUGCUCAAGAUAAUACUAUUACCCCUGGAAGUGGUGUUAGCCUAGAAUUUGAGUCCUUCAUGUCAUACUGUUUGGAUAACCCCUGCCGUAAUGGUGGUAUUUGUGAAGAUGACGCAACCGGAUAUUUUUUCUGUAAUUGCCCACCAAACUACAGCGGGGACACAUGUAAUAUAGUUUCUGCUGCAGCUACCGUUGGAUGUGACCUACAAACGGAUGUCGAGGGAGUGUGUUGCUUCACUGAAGUGUCCAAUGGCACCGUCGAAUACUUCGAAGUCCGACCACAGGAAGACAUAACUAGCCCUUAUCUGCUGGCCUUCACUGUAGGAAUAGACAUGACAGACGAGGCGAGGCUCGAAAGCAAUGUGGAAUUUGAAGAUGGAGUGCGCUGUCUAUCGUUUGAUGAUGCUGUUUACCGUGGUGCAGACUCGAACGCUACAGUAACAAGUUCGUACCUCGACAGAAACGGGAAUGAGCAGCUGUUGUAUGAAACAGAGGAUACCAAUGGAUAUUUCGUUUCGAGGCAAGCAACUCUACCAUGGAAUCUAGAUAAGAUAAAGAUUGCAUCGACUUAUUAUGGAGGAGCAGCUGGAAUAUCCAAUAUAAUAAUCAUUCCAGGAGUUUGCGCCGGAACAACUUGUGCAUCUUUGCAAUUCCCAUUCUGUGCCAACGGUGGAACGUGUGUUGACUCGCCUAAUACUCCAACAUGUGACUGCACUAACACCAGUUUUAUUGGCGAAUACUGUCAUAUACCAGAAUCAUUCAAGUGCACGUUCGAAACCGGAGGAAACCCAUGUCCAUUUGUCAAUGUACCUGGAUCAGUCAACCCAUGGAAACCGCAAGAGGGUCCGACAAAACAAUCGGGAUCUGGGCCGACCAGAGCUUACUCGGGAGAUAUGUAUUACGCCACGGACGGAAAGUCUUCAAAUAUCAUAUCUGCGUUUACGUUACAAGAAGAUCUGAGUGUUCAGAACCGUUGCCUUGUUCUUAAUUACAACAUGAAUGGGCGGCAUAUUGAAUCCCUCAUCGUACGACAGGACGAUUCUGUCUUGUUCAGUGUAACAGGGAAUACACAAGACAAUUGGUAUACUCAAAUGAUUGAUGUAACAACCGGACCAGACUCUGAGCUAAGCAUUGAGGGAAGUUCCUCGGGGGAAAAGGGUGAUAUUGCCAUAGACGACAUAGAAAUGUUACCAUUUCCGUGCAGGAAGAUAGUCAUAUGCACGUUUGAAAUAAAAGUGAAUCCUUGCAAAAUGGGGAGAAGGCAUUGGAAAAGAGUGCAGUCUGGGACAGGACCAAAAGGUGGCCAUGAUGGAUACUACUACCUCCGAUCUCGUCGUCAAGCCGGAUCAGUUAUGAGUUUAAAAGUACCGAACAGAUUCCCCUCAGAUGAUGCCUGCUUCUCCUUCUACUACAUGUUUGGAGAGACUUUCGGGAAACUGAUUGUGCAGACUCGAUUACCAGGAGAAAAGAAACAAAGAAUAUGGAAUCGGUCAGGACAGAAUGGAGACCAGUGGCUGUUUACGUCAAUAAACAUCUCAAAUAUUACUCCUGGUCUUGAAGUGUCCAUUAAAGCCGUAGCGUCAGAUGGUCUUGGACACAUUGGUAUCGAUACUGUUACCAUGGUGAAUUCUGCUUGUCCUUAGUCCUAGAGAAACACGUGGUUUUAUUAAAAAACGUAUCGUUUUUAAUAUUUUACUCAGAUCUAUAUAGAUAGUUUAGCAAGUACCUGAACUAUAUGUAUUCUUCCGUUCAUCAAACAACCUUCGUUUUUCAUUUCCAACCAAGUCAUGAUUUCUGAAAAUAACAAAAACAUAUAUUUUACUAUGUUUGAUUAAGAUUUAUACAAUGUUAUACAUUGUAAAUUAUAUUCAAAGUGUUAAUACUUUGUAAGAGUUCGGCCCAAUUUUACAUAGUUUCCAAAAUACAUCUCUGACCAGCUGCUUCAUGGACGUCAUCAGUCAGAUUCUCUCUCAAGAAGUGUUUCAACUCCUUAUUUGGAACGUCCUAAAGGUCAACAGUGAUGAGUUAAAUAGCUGACCGCCUGACCCUAAGUUGACGUCUGCAUCUGAACAAGCUGGAAGAAGUUCUGGUCAUCUUCAGUCGUUCCACGGCAGCAUCCCUGUCUCCACCCGUGGGUGGCCCCAAUAACCGAGAACAUUACAUACCCAAAAUUAUAACGAACCUAUAUCGUGUGUAACCGGAAUACCCAAAUUUGCUAAUUAGGAAUACAUCAAUCAUUUAUAUACGUUUUAGAGACUUUACAUUGAAUUACUUAUUUUGCUUUGUAUUACAUGUAGUUGACUGUAUCACUCCAAACAAUAAAUACUUAUGUAAUGAAA